AGGUGGAGCUCAGGGGCUUGGCCCCGGACACAGUCCUGCAGCUGCUGCAGCCAGAAGGAGCUGGGCACAUCCUCAGGGACACGAGUGACCUCUCCGCACUCCGCAAUGUCUCUUACCACCUCCUCGCUGGCUCCCUGUCACCCCACAAAAAAUUCUUGGCGGUGGGAUUGGCAUCGGUGCGGCGGCCGCGUGGCUACUACCUCCCUGCCACACUCCAGUCCCUCUUCACGCAGUCGACGGAGGAGGAGCUGCAGGAGAUGGUGGUGGUGGUGCACCUGGCCGACGCGGACCCGGGAUGGAACAUGCGUGUGGCCACCGACAUCGCCCGCAAGUUUGCUCACCACAUCUUCCUGGGCCGGCUCCUGCUCAUCCACGCUCCCCGGGAGUUCUACCCCACCUUGGAGGGGCUCAAGAGAAACUACAACGACCCGGAGGAGCGGGUGAGGUUCAGGUCCAAGCAGAACGUGGACUACGCCUUCCUCCUUGCCUUCGCUGCCAACCUCUCCUCCUACUACUUGAUGAUUGAGGACGACGUGUGGUGCGCCAAGUCCUUCCUGACGGCCAUCCGCAAGGCACUGGCUUCCCGUGAAGGCUCCAGCUGGGCCACCCUUGAGUUCUCCAAGCUGGGCUACAUUGGGAAGCUCUACCGCUCCAGCGACCUUCCUCGCCUGGCUUGCUUCCUCCUCCUCUUCUACCAGGAGAUGCCCUGCGACUGGCUGCUGGUCCAUUUCCGCCUCCUGCUCACCCAGAAGGAUGUCAUCCGCUUCAAGCCCUCCCUCUUCCAGCACAUGGGCCUCUACUCCUCCUUCCAGGGCACCGUCAAUCGGCUGGAGGACGACGAGUUCCAGGCCGAUGCCUUGGACCUUCCGGACAACCCGCCAGCCGCCUUGUUCACCAGCAUGUCCGUCUUCGAGAACUACGACCCCAUCAAGGCUUACAGCACAGCAGGGGGGUAUUUUUGGGGGAAAGAUCCAGCAGCCGGCAGCAUCUUCUCCAUCAUCUUCCAGCAGCCAGCCCACGUCACCCGCGUCCGCGUGCGCACGGGCUCCGAGGAGCGCAAGGGCGAUUUCCUGC